CAUAAAGGCUGCUCCGCUGCUCGGCCAGUCAGCAUCUGUAGAAGAGUCCGGAAAAUGAAGGGUUCAUUACCAAAGUACUGGAGGCUUUACCUGCUCUCACUGGUGCUCGGGGUCGGUGGAUCAUUUCAGUAUGGCAUUCAGGUGUCACUAAUUGCUUCUCCAGAAGUGCAUGUCCAGAGUUUUGUCAACAAAACGUGGCUGUUCAGGUACCAGACUCCACUGGACGACUCUGCCAACAAACUCAUCUGGUCCUUCGUUGUGGCCGUGUUAAGUCUUGGAGCCUGGGGUGGAGCCGUUCACAGCGGCAGCCUUCCUGUCACCUACGGCCGGAAGAAGGCUCUCCUGUUCAACAACGUGGUGGCGAUGGCUGCAGCUCUGGUCAUGCUCUUCAGCCGCAUGGCUGGGUCGUUUGAGAUGAUUCUGCUGGGUCGACUGCUCUACGGAUAUAAUGUUGGUCUGGGUCUGAGUGUUCACCUCAUGUACCUUGGAGAAAGUUCACCAAAGAAGCUGAGAGGGUUUUUGACGCUGACCGGCUCCAUCUUCAUCGGACUUGGGAAAGUGAUGGGUCAAAUUAUUGGCAUCAACGAGAUCAUGGGCUCAGAAGAAAUGUGGCCUUACCUGCUGGCGGUGAGUGGGAUCCCUGCCAUCGUGCAGUUUGUGACACUGCUGUUCUUCCCCGAGGCACCGCGACACCUGUACAUCGACAAAGGAGACACCGAAGGCUGCAAAAAAGNNCUACGGUGGCUGUGGCAGGAGGACGACCUGAGUCUGGAGCUGGAGGAUAUGCAGAAGGAACUUGAGAGCUCCCAGGGAGAGAAGGCCAAGACGGUGAAGGACGUGUUGACGUCCCGCUGUGUCAGGUGGCAGCUGCUGACCCUGGUCAUCCCCUGCGCUGCUGUUCAGUUCUGUGGCAUCAAUGCUCUCUACUUCUACGCCUUCGACAUCUUCCGUGAGUCAGGAAUCCCAGAGGAACAGAUGCAUUACCUGGCCAUCGGUCUGGGAGCCACUGAGCUGAUCGCUGUCUGCCUGUGUUCCUUUCUGAUAGACAGAGCCGGCAGGAAGAAGCUGAUGGGUUAUGGUUAUCUGCUGAUGGGCCUCACCAUGUGUCUGCUCACCGUCAUGCUGUCCAUCAAGCAUCUGAACUUCAUCCCGUACGUGAACAUCGGCCUCAUCUUCUGUGUCAUCUGCAUCUAUGGACUUGGACCCUCUGGAGUGUCCAUGGCUCUACCCGCUGACCUCUUCCUACAGGCCUGGCGACCUUCUGCUUAUGUCAUCAGUGGGACGGUCAACUGGCUCAGCAUGUUCGUCGUGGGCAUGGUGUUUGGCUACGUGGUGGAGGGACUGGGUCAGUUCUGCUUCCUGAUUUUCGUGGUCUACUGCUUCAUCAGUGCAGGAUUCAUGAUUCACUUUGUCCCCGAGACCAAAGGAAAGACCAUGGUGGAGAUCACAGAGGAGUUCCACAAACUCAACUACAAGAACGUGGCUGCAGUCGACGCUGAAAAGACCGAAACGUACAUCGGCACCAAAUUAUAAUUUAACACUUUGAACAGUAAUUCUUUUAUAUUUUAUUAUUUUCUUUAUGUCAUUAUUCAAACAAAAAGCAAGAGCAGGUCUGUGUUCAUGUACUAUUACACAAACACACUGACCUCUGAGUGAAUAAAAAUGUAUGUAAAUAAAAAUACAUUUAUAAUAUAAUAUUGAUACAGUGGCCAGAGCAGAGUAUUGCAUGUGACGAGUCUGCAACUGUUGUAAGAUUUUGCUCCUGAUACCAAGAAAUAUCAAGUUACGAGUGCACAACCAGGCACUUUACCCAUGUUUAUAACAAUAAUAUAAAAUGUUUUUAAAUUAUUAUUAUUUUAUAUCAUCAAUAUAUUUGUUUUUAUAUGUGUUUUUGAUGUUUAGAUUGGGGGGGUUAAUUGUAUAUUUCUGGGGCGCUGGAACGAAUGAACAAAAAAAAAAAAAAUCCAAGCCAGUUUUUUUUUUCCAUUGUGAUUUAUUUGACGCCAUCAUCUCUGAGGAAGAUGAGACUGGGUAAGUACAAAAACAAAUACUUAAAAAAGUACGCUUGAGUUGAAAUAUCUUCAAAGAAAGCACGCCGCGCACACAUGUUCUGCAGCAACUGCGCCGAGCGAAAGGAUAAAAUACCAAGUGAAC